AUGGCCAUGAUGGGGGGCCAAAACUGCCACGCCGAGAUCGUAUUCCAAGAUGGCAUGAAAUGGCUCGCGCGCUUCCGUCUCUCAAGAACAUCAUCACCCCCGCAGGAGGUCAGGGACUACAUCUUGCGCAGCGAGGCCGCUACCAUGGCUUACCUCUACCAGCACACCACCAUCCCCACACCUGCCAUCUUCGACUGGGGCUGCGAGUCCGACCCGGGGAAUCCUCUUGGAACUAGCUACAUUUUGAUGGAAAAGUUGGAAGGAAAGCCACUCGACUGGCAAUCGACGGUGACUCAUGCCCAAAAAGAACAUGUCAUGCAACAGCUGGUGGACAUCUUCAUCGAAAUUGAAAAACAUCCUUUCAACAGUAUGGGAUCUCUCAUAUUUUUGAACGAAGAUAUUCCACAAUUCCAAGUGCAAGGUCUUGCACAGCCAUCGACGUUCGAAAGUGGCGGUGAAGGCCCAAUUGGUCCUUUUUCGUCGUCAGCAAAGGGGUCGCGUUCUAUCAUUGAAUCGUACCUCGCAAUGAUAGCAAGCGGCGAAAUCAACGCCCGCAGCUCGUUGGAUGCCUACCUUGUGCACCGUUUCCGCCUAGAUAUUAUUGGAAACGUCUGGGGAAACGAUGCAUCAGAGAGCCAGUUUUUCCUCAAACAUCCGGACGACAAAGGAGACCACAUCAUGGUCGACGACUCAUUCAACAUCAUUGGUGUUAUAGAUUGGGAAUGGACCCAGACAGUCUCCAAAGCCGAGGCAUUCUGCUCUCCGUCCAUGAUGUGGCCGGUAAAUAAGUUUUACGAAGGGUCCAACGAACUGGCGGCCGAUGAGAUGCGGCUCGCUGGCAUUUUCCGAGAGCGGGGCCGUGAAGAUCUUGCUACUUGUAUCAUCGAAAGCAGAAAAGUCCAGAGAUUCCUCUUCGCUCUUGGGCCCGACGACGCUUUUUCGGACCAGAAGACUGGUACGGACCUCUUCAUGGGACUUCAACGGGUUUUCGAUUUACACUAUGAGGGGUGGGAACAGUGGAAAUGCGAAGCCCUCGAGAAAUGGAAGAAUGAAGAUUUGCUGCGGGGUAUCCUACUGGGAAAUGGCGACUGA